CAUCAGUCAUUUUAGCCUUUUCAACGAUGAGUAUACGAGCGGUCGGCUUCAGGAGUAGCUCUCAACGACGCAACAGUGGUUAGGCCAGGAACAUUUUAGAAGGAUUUGAUCUUAGGGUUUGUUUUUGGUUUGAAGAUUUUUUUCUUCCCGGUGUUUGGGGGGAAAAAAAUUCGGUUAGUCCGCUUGUGCGUGUCGAAUAGAGAUUUGGGGUGUUCAGUGUAGCUCAAUCUGUCGCCAUGUCGAAGUAUCGUCGUUUCGUGGGAUUUUUAUGGCUGGCAGUUUGCGCAUUGGCAUGUGAUGCCCGUUCCUACAACGAAUCCGAACUCGAGGAAUUGUAUGAAAAUGCUGGCAAGCUGUAUCAGGAGAGCGAACAUCACUGGGGAAUGACUGAUGGCUACAGUGACAUGGUGGGCACGCCUGGCAUGAAAGUCUGCUUUGCACAAGGCCCAGAGCUUGAUGCAUUGGUGCUUGGAGGUGAAUUCUCCAACACCACCUCCAAUUCGACACUGGAACUGCAGCACAAUGGGGAUGCAGUGCAGUUACCAGAUAGCCCUUUCACUUUGGCCCUGUGGUACAGCUUUCGACCGGUUGACUUCUUCACAACGAUUAACGACACCAUGGAGUGUGACCUUCUGCAGCUGGGCAACAGCAAUAAAAAGGUCAAAAUUUCAUAUAGUGGUCCUAAAGAGUACAAUUUAAAGUACCAGUACCAAUCAACCGAUUGUGCGCAUGUGAUUGAUGAUGAUGUUGAUCGACCAUACUGGGAGUUUGAGGUCAAUGAUACAACUGAUGGAGACAUCAAGAAGCAAGGCUGGCAGUGGAAUCACAUUGCCCUGGUGGUUGAAGAAACUACUGCAAAUGAACUGACAGCUUAUUACAAUGGUUUCCGCAUCAACCAAACACUUGAGAGAGAUAGCAGCAGUGGCAGUAGCAGUUCAUCCAGCAAACUGUUGCUGAAUGUCCCUGUGGAUGGCAAGCCCCCUUGUACCAUGGUUGGGUUUGAUGAGGUAACCGUGUGGCGGAGCGCGCUUACGGCUGAGGACAUCCUAGCCCUGAGGGUCCAUGUCGGCCGGAACCGGAGCCUAGACGAACCAGAGCCGACCACCCUCGCUGAUACCACCCUUGCCGAUACCACCCUCGCCGAUACCACCCCUGAGUCUGGUGACACCACGGCGGGAGACACUACCGCUGGGGACACCACCGUGGGGGACACCACUCCCACCAUGGAUGGAGAAUCGACAGUCACAUCAAGCCCACUUGAAAGCACCCAGAAAAGUACAACUGGAGAAAUGUCUUCAUCUACCACACCCACUGAUCAAACUACAGGUGGCAUGGUUAAAUCUACGGGGCCAACAGUUACCCAGCAAAGGUCAAGCCCAACAGCAGCAAAUGAGGCAACUACCCAGUCAGGCACAGAAAAUGCAAUCGAUGAUAUUACUGAGAUUAUAUCAAGCGCCAGCCCACAGGUCAAAGCUAAUAAGUUAAAUGAGGUUGAACAAAUUGUUGGUAAUGCAUCUGUGAAUGACAUUCACAAAAUAUCUGACAAUUUGGUCAAGCUUUUGGACAAGGCCUCACAAACCCCACCUGCAACUGUAAACAGCAGCAGUAAAGAUAUUGCUGAGUUACGCAACUACAGAAAGGCAUUUGUGAAUCUGUUUUCAUCAAUACUGGAGCAAUGGGAGGAGGUUGAGGUUGAGGAGUCUAUCCACGUGGUUGGCAAUGGUCUAGUGCACGUUAUGGACGAGUUUCUGACCAAUUACGUUGAAGACCCAACCGUGAAUGAGACUGAGUCUAUUAAUAGCAAUGGAGUUGAUGUACAGCUAGCUCCAGCAAAUGGCUCUACUGUUAAACUGGAAGGCAACACUAAUGUUAGCAUCCCCGUGGAUGCUUUUGACUUUGAAACUAAGGGAGUCAAGGUUUUGAUUUGUGUCUUGAAGAAAGGAAUGCAGAAUUUGCUGGAACCCAAAGGAGGCCAACAGCCUGUGGACAUAAAAGAUGAAUACAACGAAAAACCAACAUGGAACAUCUCCGGUCCCAUCCUUGUAAUGCGGGUCUCCGGUCGAACAGGCUCUGUGACGCUGCAAAAACCAAUCUCAUUUGAAGUGGAAGUGAAUCCGGAUAUUGGAGAGAAUCCCACAUGUGUCUUCCAGAAUGGAAGUUCAUGGUCGGGUAAAGGACUAGAUAUGGGCCAGUAUGACAAGAACUGUCCUUGUGUCAUCUGCAAGACUACUCACAUGACAAACUUUGCUGUGCUGAUGUCAGUGAACAGAGUUAAGGUUGUAGGGCCUCAUAGUGUACUGCUGUCCAUCAUCUCAUACAUUGGAUGCAGCUUAUCUCUACUCUGCCUCCUCAUCGCCAUCAUCAUGUUCAUACUGCUCCGAGAGCUGAACUCCACGCGCAUGGGCAUUGUGAAGAAUCUGUGCGUAGCCCUGUUCUUUGCUCAGCUGCUGUUUGUUGCUGGAAUAGAAACAGCAAAAGUGAACGAGAUUGCCUGCAAGGCCGUAGCUGCCAUGUUACACUACUUCUUCUUGUGCGUCAUGGCCUGGCUGCUGUGUAAUGGCAUCUACCUGUACCAGAAAGUGAAAAAAGCCACCCGGCCUGGCAGUGUGGUGGACCUGAUCUACUUCUGUAUCCUGGGCUGGGGUGCCCCUGCUGUGGUGGUUGCCAUCACCGCAGGGAUUAACCAUGAAGUGUAUGGAACAAAAGACCUGUGUUGGCUGUCAGUUGAGGGGGCUGGAAUCUGGGCUUUUGUAGGACCGGCAAUGCUCAUCAUUGUCUUCAACGCAUUCGUGACAUUCUUGACCAUGAAGGCCUUUGUCUCAGUCAAGGUUUUCAAGGACAAGUCUGACAAGGACAAAUUCAAGUCGGGCUUGCGUGCAGUGGUAGUGUUGCUGCCCAUCCUUGGACUGUCUUGGAUCUUUGGGCUCCUGGCAUUCGGAGAGUCAACGAUCUUUUUCCAGUACCUGUUCGCUAUUUUCAACUCCUUACAGGGUGUGUUUCUGUUCAUCUUUCACGUUUUGCUGAAUGAUGAGGUCAAGGGAGCAAUGCGCCGACGCUUUGGCAAAGUGGGAGCUUCAGGAGAUGAGAACAUGCUCUUCAACAAGAUCUGGGCUUUCUCAAGUUCUGCACCGGAGAAGUCCACCGAGAUGUCGUCCUUCAGUCAGAAUGAAAAGAAGUUUACCAAGCCUGUCUACAAGAACUGAAGCAUCACCGAAAAUAUGCUGACAGUGAUGUAUAUAUCACUAUGAGAGAUCACUAAUAUUACAUAAAUGCCAUUGGUUGACCGAUUGGAAACAUUUAAGAGCAGGUGCGUUAUCAGAGAUACUGAGAAUCAUGCAAACACAUAUUUCUUGACAUACAACGGCAAAACUUUAAUUUUUUUUUUUUACAUUUAUUUUCGUUUUGCAAUGUAUAUAUCAAAUUAUACACAAGGUCAAUAAAUGAAAGAUAUUUGACUACAGGAGUGAAACUUAAAUAAGACCAUGGGACAUUUAAAUAAAAGAGGGCAAAUACGGGGGCAUAUUCAGAAGACAAAGUCUUAUACAGAAAUGCCUUAUCAAGACAACAAAAAAGAACCAGACAAGGAAGACUGACAACAAAUUAUACUUGAAAAAAGACCAUUGCAGUACACCACAGUCAAACCAAAACAAGGACAAAACAAAACAAAUACGAACCAAUAGACUGAGGUGUAACAAAAAUCAGAAUUACCAAACACUAGAAACGUUAGAAGAACAAAAGGAAAAUUAGAAUCAUAAAUAUUUAUCAUAGCAAGGUUUCCUUAAGAUAUGAAUACUAUUAAAUAGUUUGUGUUAUUGAAAUAUUGCAUUGCAUCAGUUGUGCUUGCAAGGAUAUUAAGAGUUCACUGCUAUGUUACGCAGUUCGUCAGUCAUGGAGAAAGUACACAAUAGAGUAGUGUUCACGAAAAUAUUGUGUAACAAGCUAUCAUAUUGUUCCAUCAUUAAGAAAUGAAAGUUAGCUUCCUUUGAAACAGACCAUUUCACAUCUGAGGUUAACUGUACAAAAUGUUCCAUUUUGGUUAUUGAAUUGAGUGACCUGUUAGACUUAGAAAAUCAGGCAAGGAUCAAUACUGAAAUGUAACAUUCGGAGAAAUCACAGUUCGCUCGACGAAUUUUCAAAUAUAUACAUGUACUAAGAUGUAGACCUAGAUAGGAAAGUGAUGUGCACAAGUCAAGCCCCAAUUGUGGUAAUAACUGACAAAUGAAAAGUGAUAACAAACAAUAACAAGUAUGUGUAGGCGUACUGCACCAUACGUUUGUGAUGUUUUAUUUCUGCCAGUUUUGUCCCAUGCCAAAUUUUCCCACCACUGCUCUGCUGUGCACGUAGAGAGCUUGUUCUCUUUGAAAUCCAAAAGUCUGAGAGGGGCCAGUGUAUAUUUGCCAUUGUAUGCGUUCGAAGAGUGUUUUUGUAGCAUUAAGCCCUAGAGAUGCCUUUAACGGCUGUUGAUAUUUGGUGAAAAAUGUAAGGUAUUGUUUUUGAUUUGGACAGCUUUUUGGUGGAUUGUGCUGUAUGCACGUACUUUAGACAUGCUUUGUCAUAUUUUGCCCACGCAUCACCAUACAAAAUGACCAUAAGCAUGGGGAUUCCUCAGUGCCCUUCUGAAAAUAUGUAUGCUCCCCAGCAACCCUUAUGCCCUCAAAAAAAUAAUUUCGUCAUUAUUUUUAUUGCACAGGUUUAAUCGAAUUGGCACACUGUUGUGCCUGCUAGUUGCGGUCAAAAUCGAUAAAUAUUUCCGAAAAUAAAUCUCCAUUUGAAAUCAGUGCUUGUAUGCUUACACAGGUGAUGUUCUUAUAUAUUGAGAGCAUAUUCUUGAAAACAAUUAUUCUAAAAAUGGGACAUUACAUCAAUUUUCAUUCUGGAAAAUUGCCAGAAUGUAAAUGCUUUAUUUUUUAAAUUCUUAACUAUUAUUGUGUAUUAGAAUGUAAUUUCUUUUACAGUGUUAAUUUUACUCAUAUAAUUGAGGUGUUUUCUUGUUAUUUCUUUUUAUCAAAAGUGAGUGUGACAUAUUCUGUAAUGUGAAAAAAAUUUGAAAAUUACCUGAAACGGGGGUGAAUACAAUUUUAUUCCCAACUUGUGGGUAGAGUUUAAAGUAAUUUGUCCACUUCUUUCAGUUUUAAAGCCUCAACAAUCCGAGGUUUUUUACAUCUUGUAUUUAUUUAAAAUAGGAUUGUUUGACAUCACCGGAUUUUGUUCUUAUGCGUAUUUUACCAGUAAUUGGAAAUUUCACCUUUUAUUGACAUGUAAUACUGUACGAUUUGCACGGUGUUAAUUUACACACGAAACUUCAGUGUUCUGCAAGAGUUUUGCAGUCUGGAAAAUCUAAACGCAUAGCAUAAUGAUAAAUGAUAAAUUUUAUCAUUAUGCUAUAAUGAUAAAUGAUAAAUUUUAUCAUUAUGCUAAAACGUUAAGCAUUUAUCGUUAUUAUUGUUAUUAUAGCAUACGUACCAACGCUUGACAGUUAAACUACGGAAAUUAACGCAACUGAUUUAAAUUCAUAAAAACAUUUGAAAACCACACCUCUGCUGAAUCUUUUGUGAAAAAUGACUGAAAAUUUCAGUUUUUAUAAUUGUAACUGGUGUAAUGAUUAUUGAACAUGGUAUUUGUGUGGAAUAGCAAUAUUAUGACAUGUGUACAUGUAUUUGUAUUACAGCCUUUUUGGUUUGCAUUUACAAGCAAUAUAUAUUCACUUGCACUCUUCUUGAUAGACGCUUUGAGACCCCUCGCAGAACACUACAUUGCAAACGUACCGGUAUACUCGUGUAAUAGAUUAUUACAAUUUUCACGAUAUUUUGUCUGUAUCGUAUUGUGGAUGUAAAAAAAACAUCGAAUUAAAUUAUAGUAUGUAAUUGUUAUGUAGGUUGUGUACGAAAGUGUGUGUACAAUAUAGUGAUCGGGAUUGUACCUUUUGGAAGGCGUUCAGCGUUGCCGCGCUGAUGCAAAUAUUUAACUUUGCUUUGCAUGAACUAAAUGUUCCAUUUAUUCAAAGUUAUUGUAAAUAGUUUUUCAACUAUAGUUCUACAAAAGUGCCUUAUCACGUGAUUGAUAUUUUAUGCACGGUUCAAAACAAACUGAACAGUAUUAUAAAUACAAACUUACUGCUGAUCGAUUUCGGAUAAAUUGUGCGGUAUCUUUCUGUCUCGACAGAUCUUGGACAUAAAUGAUGUCUUAACCCUAACAGUCCUCAAUCCUCCAACAGGUGAAGGAUUGAGGACUGAUAGGGUUAAUGAAACUGUAGGUAGGCUAUGUGCUAAGCGAUGCCAAUGUUGAGCACAUCUGGAAAGUUUUAGCUAAGUUGGAUAAAGCGUUUGGAAGGUGCAGGCGGAAGCAAAACUGCGGCAAGUACAAAACUGAAGACUUUUCACCAACUGGAGUUUUAGAAGUCGACAUAAUUAUGGGUGAGAACGGCAGAUCGGACAUUUUAAUUUGAAAUAUUGUGCCAAAACAUGGAUGAGGAAUCGCUCUGCAGUUUGUAAAAAUGCUGAUCAAGACAUUCAAAUAAAAUUAUACAUACAUAAACGGAAUGAAAAAUAGAUAAUGCAGGUGGAUUCUACCCCUAACAUUUCAGGGUAUAAGAUUUUGAUCACUUGUUCGACUUAAGUCAGAAGGUGUUUCAGCGGGUGCAGCAGCCCUCAGCUUUUAUUUCCGACCUUGCCCCAUGCCAAACAAUCCAAAUAUUAGUAUACUUGAGCUGUAUUAUGACAAUGAAGAGUGGAGAGGUCUUCGAUUAUCGAUUAGAUUCGUUGGCAGUUUUGUGUACUUACAAUAUUGCACCAAGAAUGUUCAAGUCAUUCGCCGCCAAUAAACGCAUCGUCUUAAAUAUGCCAAGCUUUUAGUGUUUUCUCCAGUCUAUGUGUAGCAUAGAGUACCUUGUAUUUUAUAGUAACUUUUCGGUCAAAAACGUGGUUCCUUGUCUUAGCCAUCCCUAACCAAUCUACUCUUAAUCUAAGACCAAUAACUUGUCUUUGACCAACGACUACCCUUAACCCACAGAGAGAGCCAUGUUUGGCCUCUCUCGCAGCUGGGUGGGAGCAAACUGAACCCCCUCACCACCAAGAACUCAACUGUAUCACGGUCGAAUUUGUUAAACUUGGCAUGCAUAUAAAGACACUCAUCAUUAAACAUGUGAAGUUUGA